AUGGAAUGCCCGACAUCAGAACUCCAAAAAACAAACUAUCCCGCGAACGACGUUACGGCCUCAAAUUCCAGCAGUGAGUCACGGCUCAAGUCGUCAUACAUUCAGACCCGUCUUGACAGGUCCAAGAAAAGACAGGAUGACCUCAACCAGAAAAUGGCAGAGGCAAAGCAGAAAGAAGGUAACAGCCGUCGACAGAUCGAGGAAUUGCGCAACAAACAGGAACAAGUCAAAUCACGCCAUAGUGGAGAAGAGACUGCUUUCGAAAAUGCACGCAAGGAGUUCGAAGCAGCCCGUGCCAGAUUGAACAGCAAAGAAGAUGCUCUCCAGCGAGUCCAAGAUGAAAUUGAAAACUACGCCAAAAGCAUCAAAGAGGAAGAGAAGUCUGUGGCAGACUCGCAGGCAAACCAAGGCCGCAUCGACCAUGAGAUUCGUGAACUGCACGCCAUGCAAGGUCGAGCAGCUCGACAAGCAGAGGUCUUGGAUUUGAGAGCCUUCGAGAUCUCAGCGCUGGUCGAACAUGCGCACUCCAACAAGGGCUUCCUCGCAAAGCUGAACAGAAUCGCGCAGGGCACAGCUACAGAAACGAUGUAUAAGGACCUUCAGAGCGAGCUAUGGGCCAAGUCGACAGGUGCAAGCAAGGAGGAAUUGACAAACUUGGUGGCAACAGAAUUGCUUCCCAAGAUUGACCAGAAAGCUACAGUAGACAAGGACCCCCAGACAACGGCAAAGGUGGACGCCCACAACCGCGCAGGUCGAAAGCGUAAAACAGUUGUCGCGAAUCUCCAGAGCCUGUCGCAGAGCGAGACCGACAGCGAUGGCUACUACUUAGAAGACAGUGAUGAGGAGCUUGUUGACUCACGCCGGGGUCGUCGUGCACAGCUAUUUCAACGGGCUCAGAAAGACAAGGCUGAGCGUGACUUCAGAUAUUCGAAGAGAGCGAAGCACCAGCCCUACUACACGGAGCCGGUUGUGCUCGAAAUUGAUACCGGGGCACUCAAUGCCUUCGAGGAACUUCCGGGCAAGUCCAACAUGACAGGCUAG